AUGGGCCUGCGCUACUGCCUCGACGGCAAUAAUAUGUCAGGACAACGCCAUCUCCCCCCUGAAGUCGGGGAGCAGCCUCCACAGCCAACCUUGGAGGCCCCAGGGCCAGCUGCCCCCGGUGCUGGGCCUGGCCCAGCCGAAGAGAUGGAGACCCAACCGCCUGCCAGCAAGCCCGUCCCCACACAGGCUGACGCCGAGGCCUGUGGACCCCCAGAGGUCUCCGGGGGCACCCUGGAGGGCCUCGCCGUGGCGGCUGACCAGGAAUUCGGAGGCAAUGGAGGCUACAGCCCACCUCCCGAGGAAGCCAUGCCUUUUGAGGUCCAGCAGCCCAGCAUGGGAGGCUUUUGGCCCACCCCGGGGCCCAUCGCAGGCCUCGAGGCCUCUGUGGAUCCCGGAGUCUCGGGCAGUGCCGGGCCUGGCCUGGGAGGCUACAGCCCCCCACCAGAAGAAGCCAUGCCCUUCGAGUUCGAGCAGCCUGCUGGCCAGGGAGGCUGCAGCCAGCCAGCGUCGGGGGUCCCCGACCUCGCUCCCGGUGGCCCCGGCCUGGGGGUCCCUGGAGCUCCUCCCGGGAAGUCCGGGGCGCUCAGGCCUGCCAGCACUGGCCUUGGAGGAGGCUAUAGCCCUCCCCCCGAGGAGGCUAUGCCAUUUCAGCUUGAUGGAGAGGCCCCUGGGGACGACAGCCCACCCCCCGGGCUCCCCUGGGCGCUCCCACAAGUUGCCAACAGCGACGGUGGCAGCGGCGCGGCAAUCGCGGUCCCGAGUGCGAUCUGCCUCGCUCCCGCCAGCGACGCGCCACCCCUCUGGGUCCCAGAGGCUGUCAGAGCUGCUGCUAACUUCGCGGGCGCCAGCCCCCCGAUGGAGAUCGCCGGACCCCCGCUCGAGAUGCGCAGCGCCCCCGUCGGGGUCGACGACGCUCCCGUCAACAUGGACAGCCCCCCAAUCGCGAGUGAUGGCCCGCCCAUCGAGGUCUCCGGAGCCCCAGAUAAGAGGGAGCGCGGCGAGAGACCCCCAGUUGAGGGAGAAGCAGCCGAGAUGGAAGGAGGCUCGGUCAGCGCCUCUGCGGAGAAAGGAGAAGUCCCCUCUCCGGGGGACGGAGCCUCGGGCGCCCCAGCCGGGGCCGCUCCCGCCGCCGGAGCCGCUCCUGCCGCCCCAGCCGAGCCCGAAGCCGGGGGAGCCCCGGCCGCUCCUGACACCGCGGCCGCCGGGGCAGCCGAUGCCGACGCCGACACCCGCGCAGCCCCCGGCGCCGCAGCCGAGUCCGGUGCUGGGGCCGCCCCGGGCGCCCCAGCCGUUCCUGAUGCCGGGGCAGCCCCGGGUGCCCCGGCCGAGCGCGCCGCAGCCGCCGGGGCCCCCCGGGCAGCCCCCGCCGCGCCUGCCUCCGGGGCCAGACGCAGGCUCCAUCUGCUCAGACCCCCCAGCCCCGAGAUCCAGGCUGCUGACCCGCCUACUCCGCGGCCUGCUCGCGCGGCUGCCUGGCGGGGCAGAGCUGAGCGCGGCCGAAGCCGCCGCCGCCGCUGCGACGACGAGGGGCCGACCAGCAGCGACGCCGACUCCUCCAGCGGGGACGAGUCCGAAGAGAGGGCCACCGGCUGCUUCCACUGGUUCCAGCGCCGAACGCGCCGCCGCCGAAAGCCCCGGCGCAACUUGCUCCGCAAAUUCCUGGUGCAGGCUUUCGGGGGCUGCUGCGGUGGUCGACCUGAGAGCCCCCAGCCCAAGCCCGCGAGCCCCAGCAAGGCCAAGAAGGUUUCUCUGGCAGAGAAGCGCCGACAGAUGCGCAAGGAGGCCAUGGAGCAGCGCGCCAAGAAGCGCGCCGAGAAGAAACGCAGCAGGCUCAUCGACAAGCAGCUGCAGGCCGAGAAGAUGGGCUACAUGUGCACUCACCGCCUGCUGCUUCUAGGGAGAACAGUGGUGCCGAGCGACACUGCGGGUCGUUUCCGGCUGGACAGGCCAGCGCCAGCGACCGAAAGGAGACGUAAGGAAAUGGGGUGGCGGGCGGCGCGGGGGGGGGGACCCGCCUCUGCCGGGGAGUCUGGUAAAAGCACCAUUGUGAAGCAAAUGAGGAUCCUGCAUGUUAAUGGGUUUAAUGGAGAGGGCGGCGAAGACGACGCGCAGGCUGCCAGGAGCAACAGCGAUGGUGAGAAGGCCACGAAGGUGCAGGACAUCAAAAACAACCUGAAGGAGGCCAUCGAAACCAUCGUGGCCGCCAUGAGCAACCUGGUGCCCCCGGUGGAGCUGGCCAACCCUGAGAACCAGUUCAGAGUGGACUACAUUCUGAGCGUGAUGAACGUGCCUGACUUUGACUUCCCUCCCGAGUUCUACGAGCACGCCAAGGCUCUGUGGGAGGACGAAGGAGUGCGGGCCUGCUACGAGCGCUCCAACGAGUACCAGCUGAUUGACUGCGCCCAGUACUUCCUGGACAAGAUUGACGUGAUCAAGCAGGCCGACUACGUGCCCAGCGACCAGGACCUGCUGCGCUGCCGCGUCCUGACCUCUGGAAUCUUUGAGACCAAGUUCCAGGUGGACAAAGUCAACUUCCACAUGUUCGAUGUGGGCGGCCAGCGCGACGAGCGCCGCAAGUGGAUCCAGUGCUUCAACGACGUGACCGCCAUCAUCUUCGUGGUGGCCAGCAGCAGCUACAACAUGGUCAUCCGCGAGGACAACCAGACCAACCGCCUGCAGGAGGCGCUGAACCUCUUCAAGAGCAUCUGGAACAACAGAUGGCUGCGCACCAUCUCCGUGAUUCUGUUCCUCAACAAGCAAGACCUGCUGGCGGAGAAGGUGCUGGCCGGGAAAUCCAAGAUCGAGGACUACUUCCCCGAGUUUGCCCGCUACACUACUCCUGAGGAUGCUACUCCCGAGCCCGGAGAGGACCCACGCGUGACUCGGGCCAAGUACUUCAUCCGCGACGAGUUCCUGAGAAUCAGCACCGCUAGUGGAGAUGGGCGCCACUACUGCUACCCUCACUUCACCUGCGCUGUGGACACCGAGAACAUCCGCCGCGUGUUCAACGACUGCCGUGACAUCAUCCAGCGCAUGCACCUGCGUCAGUACGAGCUGCUCUAAGAGGGAACCCCAGCCGGGACGACAGCCUUAAGCACAAUUAUUAAGAAUGAAAUGUAAUUGUACAAGCAGUUAAUCACCCACCAUAGGGCAUGAUUAACAAUGCAGCCUUUCCUUUCCCCCGAGUGAUUCUGAAAAACCCCCUUUUCCCUUCCGCUUGCUUAGAUAUUCUAAAUUUAGAAAGCUUAAGGCGGCCUGCAGAAAAAGAAAAAGGCCACAAACGUUCCCUCUCUCUUUCAUUAAAAAAAUUAAUAGCAGCAAACAGAAAUAAAGAAAUAAAUAAUUGAAGCAAAUGAAAUGAAUAUUGUAUUGUGCAGCAUUAAAAAAUCAAAAUAAAAAUUAAAUGUGAGCAAAGGA